UCGAUAUGUAAACACAAUUGCCAUCUCUACCAGCACCGAGCCGAAAUAAAAUAAGUGCAACGCGCAGCGUCUAAUUGAAACCAAAUUGAUCGAUUUGGCCGCGGCCCAAACUGGACAUUCGCAAUUUGGGCGGUCAGCCGCCCCCGUCCCGUCCCGCCCCCCCGCGCGUUUCCCCCGCUGCCGACGGACAGCACGUCGGUGUGACGCACAUCGGUGUGUGCGCGUGUGUGUGUGGAGCGCCUUGUUAUUGUUGUUGUAGCGCUUGCUACGUUCGCCGUUCGCAGUGCGCUGGUGUGCGUGCGCUUGUGUGAGUGUGUGCGCAGAGAGGUAUCGUUGGAAUUAACAAAAAAAAAAAGAAGAAGGAAAAAGCAACAAGAUUGGGGCACACAAAAACACACAACUCAAAAGCCGAGAAACAAAGCCUACCUUCAACACCCCCCAUCCGCAAGAAUCGCCUUUUUGGCCAGGUUUUUUUGGCCACAAGUGUUGACACAACUGUUGCAUGCCAAGCGGACUCGGCCAAUAAUCCCUGUCCCCUUGUUUACCCAACAAACAUCCUGCAUCCUGGUCAACCUGCUCAUCCUGGUCAUCGUGAUCGGUGCGAUUCCACUGCCACACGAAGGUAGAGUAGCCGAGUAGCAUUUUCCGGGAAUUGAUAGCACACCUGUCUGCUGUGUAGGAAACGCACCUGGGAACGCCCGGGUGCUCGGCUGCGUCCGCAUGUGGCGUUGGCGGCACUCCACCAAAAGAAGCCAGCGCCAAGUGCCCAAUCCCCAUUCCCAUCCCCAACCACGUCCCCAUCCGUAUUCGAAUCGCAUUCAGUGGCAGCAGUUAGCCAGAAAUCCAACGAAACGCUCGUGACCUCAUCGCCAGAACAGCAAACAGCAAACAGCUAGCGCUUGACGCGUGCCUCCUCAUUACCAUUAGCAUUCCCAGCAUAGACAGACGGCCAACUCCUGGCAGUUGCAGCACCGGAGCAGCAGUUAACCACCAGGAAGCAGUAGCUGGAGCAGCAGUAUCAGCUUGUUAUCUUGCAUUUGCAUGCCAGCUGGACGAGAACCUGUGACCAAGCAGCGCAGCAUGGAUGUGGAACGACGGCGCCGGGCGAAUACGCUCGAGCGCGAGAUGCGCGAUCCGACCAGCAUCUGCAAUGUGGACUGCCUGCUGGACACGGUGUCGGCGUUGGUCAGCGAUUGUGACCACGAUUCCCUGAGGCGGCUUAAGAACAUCGAGCAGUAUGCGGCCAAAUACAAACCAUUGGCCAUGCAGAUCAAUCAGCUGCGCAUGAACGUCGAGGAUUUCCACUUCAUCAAACUCAUCGGCGCCGGCGCCUUUGGAGAGGUGCAGCUGGUGCGGCACAAGUCAUCCAGCCAGGUGUACGCCAUGAAGCGGCUGUCCAAAUUCGAGAUGAUGAAGCGACCGGACUCCGCGUUCUUCUGGGAGGAGCGACACAUCAUGGCGCACGCCAACUCCGAAUGGAUCGUCCAGCUGCACUUUGCCUUUCAGGAUGCCAAAUACCUAUACAUGGUGAUGGACUUCAUGCCCGGCGGCGACAUAGUCUCGCUGAUGGGUGACUACGACAUCCCAGAGAAGUGGGCCAUCUUCUACACGAUGGAGGUGGUGCUCGCGCUGGACACCAUUCACAACAUGGGCUUCGUGCAUCGGGACGUCAAGCCGGACAACAUGCUCCUGGACAGUUACGGCCACCUGAAACUGGCCGACUUUGGCACCUGUAUGCGAAUGGGCGCCAACGGCCAGGUGGUGUCCAGCAAUGCGGUGGGCACGCCGGACUACAUCAGCCCGGAGGUGCUGCAGUCGCAGGGCGUGGACAACGAGUAUGGACGUGAGUGCGACUGGUGGUCGGUGGGCAUCUUCCUCUACGAGAUGCUGUUCGGCGAGACUCCCUUCUACGCCGACUCGCUGGUGGGCACCUACGGCAAGAUCAUGGACCACAAGAACUCGCUCAGCUUUCCACCCGAGGUGGAGAUUAGCGAGCAGGCCAAGGCCCUGAUCCGCGCCUUUCUCACGGACCGAACGCAACGCUUGGGACGCUACGGCAUCGAGGACAUCAAGGCGCAUCCAUUUUUCCGCAAUGACACCUGGUCCUUCGACAACAUUCGCGAGAGUGUGCCGCCUGUGGUGCCCGAACUCUCCUCCGACGAUGAUACGCGGAAUUUCGAGGACAUUGAGCGGGACGAGAAACCGGAGGAAGUGUUUCCCAUACCCAAGGGCUUCGAUGGCAAUCACCUGCCCUUCAUCGGCUUCACGUACACGGGCGACUAUCAGCUGCUGUCCAGCGACACCGUGGAUGCGGAGUCCAAGGAGACCAAUGUGGCCAACAGCGGGGCGGCCAGCAAUAAUCACGGCCACGGGCACAAUCACCGCCAUCGGCCGUCGAACUCCAACGAGCUGAAGCGCCUGGAGGCGCUGCUCGAGCGGGAGCGCGGCCGGUCGGAAGCUUUGGAGCAGCAGGACGCUGGCCUGCGGCAGCAGAUAGAGCUGAUAACAAAGCGCGAGGCGGAGCUGCAGCGGAUUGCCUCAGAGUACGAGAAGGAUCUGGCUUUGCGGCAGCACAACUACAAGGUGGCCAUGCAGAAGGUGGAGCAGGAGAUCGAGCUGCGCAAGAAGACGGAGGCACUGCUCGUGGAGACGCAGCGCAAUCUGGAAAACGAGCAAAAGACGCGGGCCCGCGACCUCAACAUCAACGACAAGGUGGUCUCACUGGAAAAGCAGCUGCUUGAGAUGGAGCAGAGCUACAAAACCGAGACGGAGCACACUCAGAAGCUGAAGAAGCACAAUGCCGAGCUGGACUUCACGGUCAAGUCGCAGGAGGAGAAGGUGCGCGACAUGGUCGACAUGAUCGACACGCUCCAAAAGCAUAAGGAGGAGCUGGGCCAGGAGAAUGCCGAACUGCAGGCGCUGGUGGUGCAGGAGAAGAAUCUGCGAUCGCAGCUCAAGGAGAUGCACAAGGAGGCCGAGAACAAGAUGCAGACGCUGAUCAACGACAUCGAACGCACGCUGAGUCGCGAACAAAAGGCCCAAGAGGACAACCGGGCGUUGCUUGAGAAGAUCAGCGAUUUGGAGAAGGCCCAUGCCGGCCUCGACUUCGAACUGAAGGCGGCCCAGGGUCGCUACCAGCAGGAGGUCAAGGCCCACCAAGAGACCGAGAAGUCGCGCCUCGUCUCCCGCGAGGAGGCCAAUCUGCAGGAGGUAAAGGCACUGCAGUCCAAGCUCAACGAGGAGAAGUCCGCUCGCAUCAAGGCCGACCAGCAUUCUCAGGAAAAAGAGCGUCAGCUGAGCAUGUUGUCCGUGGACUAUCGUCAGAUUCAGCUACGCCUCCAGAAGCUCGAGGGCGAGUGCCGUCAGGAGUCGGAGAAGGUGGCCGCUCUUCAGUCGCAGCUCGACCAGGAGCACAGCAAGCGCAAUGCCUUGCUCUCAGAACUCAGUCUGCACAGCUCUGAGGUGGCCCAUCUGCGAUCCCGCGAAAACCAGCUACAGAAGGAACUGUCCACCCAGCGCGAGGCAAAGCGACGCUUCGAGGAGGACCUCACCCAGCUGAAGAGCACGCAUCACGAGGCGCUGGCCAAUAACCGUGAGCUUCAGGCCCAACUCGAGGCGGAGCAGUGUUUCUCGCGGCUAUACAAGACACAGGCAAACGAGAAUCGCGAAGAGAGCGCUGAGCGGCUAUCGAAGAUCGAGGAUCUUGAGGAGGAACGCGUCUCACUGAAGCACCAGGUGCAGGUGGCCGUUGCCCGCGCAGACUCAGAGGCUUUGGCCCGCUCCAUUGCCGAAGAGACUGUGGCGGAUCUCGAAAAGGAGAAGACUAUCAAGGAGCUCGAGCUGAAGGACUUCGUCAUGAAGCACCGCAACGAGAUCAACGUCAAGGAGGCGGCCUUAGCCACGCUCAAGGAGGCCGAAAACGAACUGCACAAGAAGCUGGGCCAGAAGGGAGCCGAGUACGAGGAUCUCGUCCAGCAGCACAAGAAGCAGCAGGAGGAGCUCACGCUGGUGAGGAGCAGCAAGGACGAAGAGAUCAACAAGCUGCUGGAUAAGUGCAAGAACGAAGUCCUUCUCAAACAGGUGGCAGUGAACAAGUUGGCUGAGGUGAUGAACCGUCGCGACUCGGACUUGCCCAAACAAAAGAACAAGGCGCGCUCCACCGCCGAGCUGCGCAAGAAGGAGAAGGAGAUGCGCCGGCUGCAGCAGGAACUGUCGCAGGAGCGCGACAAGUUCAAUCAGUUGCUGCUCAAGCACCAGGACCUACAGCAGCUGUGCGCCGAGGAGCAGCAGCACAAGCAGAAGAUGAUCAUGGAGAUCGACUGCAAGGCCACCGAGAUCGAGCAUCUGCAGAGCAAGCUCAACGAGACGGCGUCGCUCUCAUCGGCGGACAACGAUCCCGAGGAUAGCCAGCACUCCUCUCUGCUCUCCCUCACACAGGACUCGGUCUUCGAGGGCUGGCUGAGUGUGCCCAACAAGCAGAACCGGCGACGUGGCCACGGCUGGAAGCGGCAGUACGUCAUUGUGUCGUCGCGCAAGAUCAUCUUCUACAACUCGGACAUUGACAAGCACAACACCACGGAUGCCGUGCUCAUCCUGGACCUGAGCAAGGUGUACCACGUUCGUAGCGUCACUCAGGGCGAUGUCAUACGCGCCGAUGCCAAAGAGAUUCCACGCAUCUUCCAGCUGCUGUACGCCGGCGAGGGCGCCUCCCACCGUCCCGAUGAGCAGAGCCAGUUGGAUGUGAGCGUGCUGCAUGGUAAUAGCAACGAGGAGCGCCCGGGCACCAUUGUCCACAAAGGUCACGAGUUCGUCCACAUCACCUACCACAUGCCCACGGCCUGCGAGGUGUGCCCGAAGCCUUUGUGGCACAUGUUCAAGCCGCCGGCGGCUUACGAAUGCAAGAGAUGCCGCAACAAGAUACACAAGGAGCAUGUGGACAAGCACGACCCGCUGGCGCCCUGCAAGCUGAAUCACGAUCCGCGCAGCGCCCGAGACAUGCUGCUGCUGGCCGCCACGCCCGAGGAGCAGUCGCAGUGGGUGGCGCGCCUGCUGAAGCGUAUCCAAAAGAGUGGAUACAAGGCCAACUCGUCCAACAACAACAGCACCGAUGGCAGCAAGAUAUCGCCCAGCCAAUCGACGCGCUCCUCCUACAAGCCGUAUGCGGUUAAUGUUCAACGCUCCGCCACGCUGCCAGCAAAUUCGUCGCUGAAAUGAACGCCCAACGAUCCGAUGCGAUCCCAGAUCCCAGAUGCCAGAUCGCAGGCGUGGCAAUGCAGCUAGAGCCGGGAGCCGCGACUCUCCAGCCCCAACGAAACUAGCGCUAUGCAAACUGAUACUGAUAUAGAGAGAAAAAGAAAGAGAGAGCAACUGCAACUGCAACUGCAACUGCAACUUGAAUGGCAACUGCAACUACUAUCUUAAAUAUACGCUCUAAACAUACAUGCUAAAGUAAUCUACAAAAAUAUUUUUUGAGUAAUUUACAAGCUAAACUAAACUACAACUAAACUAAAACUAAACCUAAUACUAAAACUAAAACUGUAUCUUAAAGAACAUGUAAAGCCAAUGCAACUCGUUUAACGCUUACCUAACAUCAAACUGGAUGGUGAGAAAACCUAUAGCGAAAGUGGCAACGUCAAGCGGGUCAGAUAAACCAUGGAUAUUUCGCAUCGUUGUACUUUAUAUACUAUAUUAAUAUAUAUAUAAAUAUAAAUACGGCUUGCAAUUGUAUUCUGUCACCUGACAACGCGCCCUGCACAACGACGAAAGCUGUACUUAGUUAAGUGAAUCCAUGUCGCAGAAAGGGAGAUGAAGUUCGAAGAAGUUGUUUCCUCCAUCAUCUCCCUUCUCUUUACAUAUUGAUGCCUUGUAAGAACUCCAUUUUUUAUACAUAUAUAUAUAUAUACAUACCUGUUGUUGUUGAGUAGCGAAUCCGAUUGGCCAAACGUUGUUCGUAGUUGUAAACUGAAAACUGAAAAACUGAAACCGAGCUAUACAAUACAUUCGUAGAGACAUAGAGAGCAUAUCCUGUAAGCCACAUGCCAGCUAACACAACAAACGAAUCGAGCAACCAAGAAACCAGCACUAAGUUAAAGCCACUUUACAAAGCCUUAGCUUGUAUUCCAUUUAAUGAGCACUCUUUUUUUUUUACAUAAAUAAUGUAGUUUUACGUGUACCAGAUGGAACUAAUCGCGCGAUAUCGAUUAAAGCGAGUAUCAAUCAGUUACUUAAAUAGAAAACGCGAAAGCAACUAAAUAUACUGUCCUGUUUCAGUUUCCAGUUCCGAUCCAAAUUGGUCUACGAAGAGCAUUUAAAUUUGCGGUUUUUAAACAUUUUGCCUUUGAGGCAAAUGGAAAGUAAAACUCAGAAAUCUUAUGCAAUGUUAUGUUACCGACAGGAAGCGGAAAUGGAAACGAAACGGAAUCGAGGGUUUCUAGCCAUGGACAGAGCGAAACAUGAAUCGAAAGUAAACUAAUCUAAACUAAACUAAAUUAAAGUCCAGUACAGUAAAGUAAAGUACAGUACAGUACACCUAACUAUACAAAACGAGAGAAGCGGCACAGAGUUGUGUGUAAAAGGCUACGUCUAAGUAUUAAAUAUCCAAUAUGUUCUAGUUGUAAGCUAAGCAAAUUAUUUAUUUAUAUCAUUGUUCGAUGGCGCCAUCUAGCGUUCGACAACAGAAACGGCAGCAGCUUAGCACUCUACAAUUUGUAUGAUUUGUAUUCCAUUAAUGUUGAUUUUACUAAUGAUUUCGAACCCGUUUUGAGUUUUGUAAUUUGAGAAGUAGUGGUAGUAGUAGUAGUUUGUUUUACAGAGUACAGAGUGUACAGAGUGAGAGGCGCCAGCGGAUUGCAUUUAAAAGUAACGAUAAUAGCGAUAUUUCGGAAUUGAUGGGCCUUCAUUGAACAUCGGUAGUCGGUUAUUGUUCAUCGCUAAUCGUCUAUCGAUCGCCGUAAAGUUCGAACUUUGAUAUGGAAAUCGAAGCGCUGCUUUCAUUUUUACUUUGUAUUUUAUUUGCACUAUUAUUAUGAUGAUCAUUCGUAUUACGUUUAUGUUUAAUUGUACUCUCUAGUUUAACCACGUUUGUAAUUGCAUUUGUCCUCGAACCUUCAAAUCGACUGGCAUCCAAAUGGAAUUGCAAGCGUCAAGAAAAUAAAACUAUAAUGUGUAUAAAAUCAG